UUGUAUCAUGUGUAAUCCUUUUUAUUCUCGUGAUCGUAUAUGUGAUUGUUUGGAAAUUCAAAUAGUUAUAAUGUAGCAGAUUUAAUAUUCAGUGUAUCAACGUAUGGAAUUAUUUGUCUGAGGCUUGACAGUGAGUCACCAUGGCGCCUCGUAAGCAGCGCGAAACGAAAACAGAGGAGGUUGUUAACCUUGGACCACAAGUUGCAGAAGGAGAAAAUGUCUUCGGUGUGGCUCACAUCUAUGCUUCAUUCAAUGACACUUUCGUGCAUGUCACGGACUUGUCUGGAAAAGAAACAAUUGUACGAAUCACUGGAGGAAUGAAAGUAAAAGCUGAUCGCGAUGAAGCUUCUCCGUAUGCUGCUAUGUUGGCGGCACAAGAUGUGGCUGCAAGAUGUAAAGAACUUGGAAUAACUGCCCUUCACAUAAAAUUACGAGCUACCGGAGGAACAAAGACUAAGACUCCAGGACCUGGUGCUCAAAGUGCAUUGAGGGCUUUGGCUCGUGCCGGAAUGAAAAUUGGCAGAAUAGAGGAUGUCACCCCUAUUCCAUCAGACAGCACAAGGCGAAAGGGUGGACGUAGAGGAAGACGUUUGUAAUUUUUGCCUUCUCUGCUUAAAUUCAAAGAUAUAAAAACGAACAUGCUU